AUGAAAAAACAAAGUCCAAAUAAUAAACGACUGGUGGCCUUAGUGCCCAUGCCCAGUGACCCUCCAUUUAAUACCCGAAGAGCCUACACCAGUGAGGAUGAAGCCUGGAAGUCGUAUUUGGAGAACCCCCUGACGGCGGCCACCAAGGCGAUGAUGAGUAUCAACGGUGAUGAGGACAGUGCUGCCGCCCUUGGCCUGCUGUAUGACUACUACAAGCACGGGAGAAACUGUCUUGGCACCAGUGGAGCCCAGAGUAGUUUGAGUGGAGGAGAAAACCGAGUGCAGGUCCUAAAGACUGUUCCAGUGAACCUUUCCCUAAAUCAAGACCACCUGGAGAAUUCAAAACGGGAACAGUAUAGCACGAACGUCUCUGAGAGCCCAGCCGUCAUCCCCAUGGCGGGAAUCACAGUGGUGAAGGCCGAAGAUUUCACGCCGGUUUUCACGGCCCCACCUGUGCACUAUCCCCGGGGAGAUGGUGAAGAGCAACGCGUGGUUAUCUUUGAACAGACUCAGUAUGGUGUGCCGUCCGUGGCCAGCCAUAGCACCUACCUCAAGGAUGAUCAGCGCAGCACCCCGGACAGUACUUACAGCGAGAGCUUCAAAGACGGAAACACAGAGAAAUUUCGGAGUGCUUCAGUUGGGGCUGAGGAGUACAUGUAUGACCAGACAUCAAGUGGCACAUUUCAAUACACCCUGGAAGCCACCAAAUCUCUCCGUCAGAAGCAGGGGGAGGGCCCCAUGACCUACCUCAACAAGGGACAGUUCUAUGCCAUCACGCUCAGCGAGACGGGGGACAACAAGUGCUUCCGACACCCUAUCAGCAAAGUCAGGAGCGUGGUAAUGGUGGUCUUCAGUGAAGACAAAAACCGGGACGAGCAGCUGAAAUACUGGAAGUACUGGCACUCUCGACAGCACACGGCCAAGCAGAGGGUCCUCGACAUCGCUGAUUACAAGGAGAGCUUCAAUACGAUCGGCAACAUUGAAGAGAUCGCAUAUAACGCUGUUUCCUUCACCUGGGACGUGAACGAAGAAGCCAAGAUUUUCAUCACUGUGAAUUGCCUGAGUACAGAUUUCUCCUCCCAAAAAGGAGUGAAAGGACUUCCUUUGAUGAUUCAGAUUGAUACAUACAGUUAUAAUAAUCGUAGCAAUAAACCCAUUCAUAGAGCUUAUUGCCAGAUCAAGGUCUUCUGCGACAAAGGAGCAGAAAGAAAAAUCCGAGACGAAGAGAGGAAGCAGAACAGGAAGAAGGGGAAAGGCCAGGCCUCCCAAACCCAGUGCAACAACUCCUCUGAUGGAAAGUUGGCGGCGAUUCCGUUGCAGAAGAAGAGCGACAUCACCUACUUCAAGGCAAUGCCUGACCUGCACUCCCAGCCCGUCCUCUUCAUACCCGAUGUCCACUUUGCAAACCUGCAGAGGGCAGGACAGGUGUAUUACAACACGGAUGAUGAACGAGAAGGCAGCAGUGUCCUUGUGAAACGGAUGUUCAGGCCCAUGGAAGAGGAGUUUGGUCCAGCACCUUCUAAGCAGAUGAAGGAAGAAGGGAUGAAGCGAGUGCUUUUGUACGUGAGGAAGGAGACAGACGAUGUGUUUGACGCCUUGAUGUUGAAAUCCCCCACCGUGAGGGGCCUGAUGGAAGCGAUAUCUGAGAAAUACGGGCUGCCCGUGGAAAAGAUAACAAAGCUUUACAAGAAAAGCAAAAAAGGCAUCCUGGUGAACAUGGACGACAACAUCAUCGAGCACUACUCGAAUGAGGACACCUUCAUCCUCAACAUGGAGAGCACGGUGGAGGGCUUCAAGAUCACGCUCAUGGAGAUCUGA